CCAAACAAGCUGGGGAACUGGCUUCCAUGCCCUUACUGUGGAGGUGACCCAGGACCCACUGAGCUAACAUUGAGAUCAGGAUCAAUACACACUUAGUGUGUGACAUAGUGAAAGUUUUCCUCUCUUUGAACUCCUCUAAAUAGUCAUUUUGCUUCCUCUUGGGGAUCACUGCUCAGCCUCGAUGGCCUUUCAGGACCUCCUGGGUCACGUUGGAGGCCUGGGGCGAUUCCAGAUCCUUCAGAUGUUUUUACUUUGUAUCUCCAGCCUCAUCACCUACCCUCAUAUCCUACUGGAGAACUUCACUGCAGCUGUCCCUGGUCAUCAAUGCUGGGUCCACAUUCUCAACAAUGACACUGACUCUGCUAACGACACUGGGACCCUCAGCCCUGAUGCCCUCCUGAGAAUCUCCAUCCCACUGGACUCAAACCUGAGGCCAGAGAAGUGUCGUCGCUUCAGCCGCCCCCAGUGGCAGCUCCUUAACCUGAACAGGACCUUCCCCAACAUGACUGACCUGGACACAGAGCCCUGUGUGGACGGCUGGGUAUAUGACCAAAGCAUCUUCACCUCCACUAUCGUGACUGAGUGGGACCUGGUAUGUGAAUCUCAGUCACUAAAAUCAAUGGCCAAAUUCUUAUUCAUGGCUGGAAUGCUGGUGGGAAGCAUCGUAUAUGGCCAUUUAUCAGACAGGUUUGGGAGGAGGUUAAUUUUCAGAUGCUGUUUGCUCCAGCUUGCCAUUACUGACACCAGCGCAGCCUUUGCUCCCACCUACCUCAUUUACUGCUCACUACGCUUCUUGGCUGGGUUUUCUACCAUGAGCAUCCUGACAAAUUGUACUGUUCUUAUUGUAGAAUGGACAGUGCCCCGAUUCCAAGUCAUGGGAAUGACCCUGUCGAUCUGUGCCGCUUGCUUGGGCCAGAUCAUCCUGGGAGGACUCGCUUUUGCCAUUCGAGACUGGCACACCCUUCAGCUGGUGUUUUCUGUACCAUUAUUUGUCUUCUUUCUUUCCUCAAGGUGGCUGGCAGAGUCUGCUCGGUGGCUGAUUAUCACCAACAGACCCGAGGAGGGCUUAAGGGAACUUAAGAAAGCUGCCCACAGGAAUGGAAGGAAGAAUGCUGGAGACGCCCUAACCAUGGAGGUCCUGAGAUCCGCCAUGCAGGAGGAGCUGGAGGCAGCACAGACCAAAUCUUCUGUGUUUGACUUGUUCCGCACACCCAACCUGCGUAAAAGGAUCUGUCUCCUGUCCUUUGUAAGAUUUGCAAACUUCAUGUCAUUUUUUGGUCUGAUUCUCCACCUCCAGUAUAUGGGGAGCAAUGUUUUCCUGUUCCAAGUUCUUUUUGGCGCAGUCAACCUCCCAGCCAAUUGUGUUGCUUUUUUGGCGCUGAAUCACCUGGGCCGUCAAGUAAGCCAGACACUCUUCCUGUUUCUUCUUGGAAUCUCCAUUCUGGCCAUCACAUUUGUGCCUCAAGAAAUGCAGACCCUGCGUAUGGCUGUGUCAACUUUGGGAAUAGCGGUUUCUUCUGUGACUCUCAUGUGUUCUUUUGCCCAUGGAAAUGAACUAAUGCCCACCGUUCUCAGGGUAACAGCUUCAGGAUUCUUGGGACUUGCUUCUAAUAUUGGGGCAGCCCUGGCUCCCCUCUUGAUGAUCUUAACAGUGUAUUCCCCCCACCUGCCCUGGAUCAUCUAUGGAGUCUGCUCCAUCCUUGGUGGCCUUGUUGUCCCACUUCUACCUGAAACCAGGAAUAAGCCUCUGCCUGACUCCAUCCAGGAAGUAGAAAAGGAGAGAAAAGACUCAAGAAAAGCAAAGCCAGAAGGUACUUUCACGAAAGUGACACAAUUUUAAGGAAUUCCAUUCCAGGCACUAUCUGCUAAUCAAAGAGCAAGAUAAACAAGAAAAAUUGGGGUCAUUCACAAAUAUUGGUAAAAUUUGGAAAACAAAUAAAUAAAAACAUGUGAUAGGAAAAUGGACCUCAUUUACAAUUGCAGUUCUAAAUAACUACAUACAAAAUACCUAUGACUGAUCAUAAUAUGAAGUUUGAGGAAAGUCAUGAUGCUUUUAAAGGAAUCAUAAUAAAACAUGUAUGUUUCUGGAUAGAGAGACAGAACAGCAUUAAAACCCAUUGAUUCUGUUCCAAUUAAUGGCACAGUCAUUGAUGGAAUAAUUAUUAGGGGAACAACUUGAAAAAUAGUUACAAAUUUAUCUACAGGUUAAUAAUAGGCAAGAUUCAAAAAAAUGAAGUUAAUGGAGGGAAGGUGGUGCAAGUAUUUGGGGCAGUACAUGCUGAAAUGAAAUGCAAAUGCAUUUACAACUCAAAAGACAUCCAGAAUAGGCUUGUGGCAUGUAGAACACUUGAAAUUUGGAAAUUGGAACAGCAUAAAUCACUGAUGGAAAUAAAUGAUUAUGUAAUAAGUAUCAUUAACUAACUUUGGAAAUAAAUGACUAAUAAUUACCUCA